AUGGCGAAGAGCGCGUCUGAGGUUGGAGGCUUGCGCACUGAGGUUGCCAUUCAUGACCAAGAGCCGAAGAUGGAGUUCCACCGUCCAAUGGAAGGGUCAUGCACAGUACAGACGAGCGAGUCCUAUGACGGGUCUGAUGAAGCCCAAGUCCUGGCUGACUGCAGCAAGACCAGAAGGGAGACUAUGGAAGUUAGCGAUGGUGAUGAACAUCAUGAAGAAAGAGACGAAUUGGAAACGUACCCUGCUGGAUGGAAGCUGGCAGCGAUUGUGGUCGGUUUGUGUCUCGCGUGUAUUCUGGUCGCAUUGGACAAUACAAUCAUGGCCACUGCAAUCCCCAAGAUCACUGAGCAGUUCAACUCCCUGGAUGAUGUUGGGUGGUAUGGCAGUGCCUUCCUGCUCACGACCUGCAGUGUGAGCCUACUCUAUGGCAAGCUAUACACAUUCUUUUCCAUCAAAUGGGUAUAUCUCGCGGCGCUUAGCUUGUUUGAGCUGGGUUCAUUGCUCUGUGGCAUCACUCCCAACUCCGUGGGGUUGAUCAUCGGGCGCGCCAUCGCGGGUGUUGGGGCCGGCGGAAUCUUCUCAGGGUCAAUGCUGAUUAUCGCGCAGUCAGCACCGAUCCGCCAAAGACCUAUAUUCACUGGGGUUCUGACCGCAAUAUAUGGCAUUGCUGGUAUUGCCGGGCCGCUGAUUGGGGGCGCACUCACCGACCGUGUGAGCUGGAGGUGGUGCUUCUAUAUCAAUCUACCCCUUGGAGGUCUCACAUGUCUCUUCCUUCUGUUCCUUUACGAGGCUAAGAAGCCCGUGAAAGCUGCGACUGGCCUACAAGACAUUAUCAUGCAGCUAGACCCGCUGGGGCUCUUGUUCUUCCUGCCGGCUAUGAUCUGCCUCUUGCUUGCCUUGCAAUAUGGCGGCACCAAGUUUCCCUGGGAUAGCAGAGAGGUGAUAGCGCUCUUCGUCAUCUUUGGUGUGCUACUCACUGUCUUCAUCAUUUCGCAAUGGUGGCGGCAGGAUCGCGCCACUAUCCCGCCUCGUCUCAUCAUGAACCGGAAUCUGCCCAUAUGGUUUCAAAACGUCAAAGGCGUUUCGGCGACAAAAUCCGGCAUUCUCAACUUGCCUAUGCUGCUGGGAACAACAAUCUGUUCAGUUCUGGCCGGAGGCAUUGUGAGCGCUUUAGGCUACUACCUGCCGUUUGUCUACUUUGCAACCAUCGUCACCACCGUUGCCGGUGGACUACUCACCACCUUGCAGGUCGACUCGGGUCACUCCAAAUAUCUAGGAUAUCAAGCCCUCUACGGUAUUGGGCUGGGAGCAGGGAUGUCACAGCCCUUGAUGGCCGUUCAGGCCGCUGUGGCUCGAGCCGACAUGCCCAGUGCCACUGUGAUUGUCAUGUUCAUGCAGUCCCUCGGAGGAGCUGUGUUUGUGUCGGCCGCACAGAAUCUGUUUCAUAACAGACUGUUAGAAAAUUUGACCGAAAUCCCUGGGGUUGAUGCAAACAAGGUGAUGGAGGCUGGUGCCACAAUGAUCCGGAGUGUUGUUUCAAAAGAGGCCUUGCCCAAAGUGCUGGAAGCAUACAGCUCUGCAAUCACGUAUGCGUUCUAUAUUGCUGUUGCCUUUUCAGGUCUCUCUCUCUUUGGCGCUUUACCUAUGCAGUGGCUGAGUUUGAACAAAAAGAAAACCUGA